AUUCUACGUUACACAAUGACCACCAGUUCAUUCAGAGCUGUCCCAAAACAACGCUUUUAUUUUGAAACCUGGAACCGGAAGCUCAGUGUCUGCCCCGCACGUGCCAUCCACGGUCUCCGCCGGUGGCAGAGAGGAGCCGUCAUGUCGCUGCUGUUUACAGAUGAGGAGUUUCAGAGCGCGUGGAGGGAGCUGGACGAGCCGCAGCUGCAGGGAGGAUGGGAGCUCUUCACCGAGACCAUGGGCGUCAAAAUCUACCGCCUGCUCGACAAGGAAACGGGACUUUAUGAGUACAAAGUCUUUGGUGUGCUCACCACCUGCACGCCAGAGCUGUGUGCAGAUGUCUACAUGGACUUGACCUAUCGGAAACAUUGGGAUGGAUAUGUGAAAGAGCUUUAUGAGAAAGACUUUGGUGGACAGAUGGCCAUCUACUGGGAAGUGAAGUACCCAUUCCCUCUGUCAAACAGAGACUAUGUGUACGUGAGGGAGCGGCGAGAUUUAGACGUGGACGGCAGGAAGAUCUGGGUGAUUCUGGCCAGGAGCGCUCCGGAGACGCCGUGUGCGGAGAAGAGCGGCGUGCUGAGGGUCAAAGACUACAAGCAGAGCGUCGCCUUGGAGACCGACGGAGCCGGCGGAACUAAAGUUUUCAUGAAUUACUUCGACAACCCUGGUGGUAUGAUUCCUACUUGGCUUGUGAACUGGGCAGCUAAGAGUGGGGUUCCAGGCUUCUUAUCAGACAUGCAGAAGGCCUGCAGCAAAUACAAUACCUACUGCCAGAAGAAGUGAACGGCACUGCCAGCACGGCCUCAUACACAAGGGCUUUGGUCCAUUUUUUUUUAAUGUGAACUUGGGAGACAUUUUGAUGCUGUUUGUUUUAAAUGUGACUUCUCUGUGUUGGGUGAGUAUAGCAUGGUGUGGGCUGCUGCUUGUAGGAGCAUGCAUCUGACUCAGGCAUGGUGUGCAUGGCCAGCUGUCCUCAAUAAUAGGCUGGUCUGAAGCAAUUCUGUAGUGUUGCUGUGUUUUAACCAGUCUCUUGGGAGGUUUCCUCUAUCUGCUGUACUGUAGGCAGAAACAUUAUUGCGCAGCGUGAUGAGACAGAUUCUGUCGUUGGGUUUUAGUGUGUUUGCUGUGCAUGCUACAUGUGAUUGUGCAAUACAAGUUGAUUGAUUUAAUGUUUGGUCACUGUGGAAUCGUCACAGUCUGUAUGUAAAAUCACUGAAUUACAAAUGACAAAUCUGUAGUUGUAUACUGAUUUUUUUAUGGGCACUUAUGAACAGAUACAGUGACUGAUAUAACACUGUAAUUUAAACUGUACCUCAGAGUUCUUACUGUAACAUGAGAACAUGUUUAGUAAGUUUAGUUGGCAGUUAGUAUUGAAUAAACUUUAUUUUGGAGUUUUGAGGCAUAAA